CCUCGGGUGCCCCGGCAACCACAGCAUGCGCUACUCUUUGUAGCCAACCCUCCGCGUUAGCAACAGGCUAGUUUAAAAUUUGCAAUCGACAGGAUGGAAAGCGGUGAUGGAAUGGAGGUCGACGACUGGGACCCCAGUCUGGAGGACGAGUUGGGAGUUUCACUGGAUGACCUGAAGAAAUGGAUUGAGGAGGCUGUGGAGCAGAACGAGGCUGUGAAGAAGAAAAAAGCCCAGUUGAUAGAGCUCGAGGAAUGGGUGGAACAGAAAGAGAAAGAAGAGGCGAAAACAGAGAAACUUCUCAACGAUGCAAACCAGUCCGUAUUGGAGUGUGAGAAGCUGGUGAGGGCAGCGUAUGAAAACAACGGCCUCGUCUACCGAGAGAGCAGCUCAGAGGAUGAAGGAGGUGGCGGAGGAGGAGGGCUGCCCUCUGAAGUCAUCGAGAUUGAUGAUGAUGACGACGAUGACGUCAUAGCUGUAGGAUGUUUGGUUCCUCCAAAGACACAAACGCCAUCUAAGGACCCAACAUUAAAUGAAGCCUCUGCAGUUCUGCAGAAAACCACCCAGCAGGUCCAGAAGUUGGUCCAAAUAGUCGCCAAGCCUUCCUCUGUUUCUCCAUUGAUACGAACAGCAGUGCAAUCUGUAGUUCAGCCAGGAGUUCAGGGCCCGACACCAGCAAUAUUUGUAUCACAAGCUCCGUCUCAUCAGACGAUGACGCAGACGCAGCCAAACCCCAACAUAAAAGAAGACGAGCUCAAAGUGGGGAUGAACAUCCUGGGAAAGAAACGCACCAAGACAUGGCAUAAAGGCAACCUGGUGGCAAUUAACCCUGUUGGAAAUGGUGUAUUUAAGUACAAGGUGAGGUUUGAUAAAGGCAAGAGUCUGCUGUCUGGAAAUCAUGUGGCGUUUGACUACAACCCCACCCUGGAGAGCCUGUACGUCGGGGCUCGUGUCGUCGCUAAGUACAAAGAUGGAAACUUGGUGUGGCUGUACGCUGGAAUCGUAGCAGAGAUGCCGAACAACAAGAACCGCAUGAGGUUUCUGAUCUUCUUUGACGACGGCUACGCUUCAUAUGUGAUCCUUCCUGAACUGUAUCCGGUUUGCAGACCAUUAAAACGAACUUGGGAAGACAUAGAGGAUGCAUCUUGUCGGGACUUCAUCGAGGAGUACAUCUCCGCCUAUCCCAGCAGGCCGAUGGUGCUCCUAAAGGUCGGCCAGAUAAUCAAGACAGAGUGGGAGGGGACCUGGUGGAAGAGCAAAGUGGAGGAAGUGGACAGCAGCUUGGUCAAAAUCCUCUUUCUGAAGGACGAUAAGAGGAGCGAAUGGAUUUACAGAGGAUCCACCAGGUUGGAGCCCAUGUUCAAUCUGAAACUGGCUUCAGCAAACACACAAGAAAAGAAGCUAGCUGGCCACCAGAGGACAAGGCCAAACAUGGGAGCAUUAAGGAGUAAAGGCCCAGUCGUUCAGUACACUGGCGUCGAACACGUCGGAGCUUCUCCUGCCAAACCUCCUCAAACGACACAGAGUCAGCCGCCAGCGACGACACUGAUCCAGCAGCUUCAGCAGCGCCCGCAGCCCCAGCUCAUCCAGCAGGUCCAGCCAUCCCUGCAAACCCAGCAGCCACAAACUCAACAAACCCAGCAAACCCCUCAGCCCUCACCGGCUGCCCAGCUUCAACGCAUUGAAAAUAAACAUCAGAUGGCAAAGAAGAGCACGUCUAAUUUCAUCCCUGGUGUCGGCGGGACGCAUGCCUCCAAGAUCUUGCAGGCUGCGUCUGCUAAUGCCAGCAACCUCUUAGUUGGAAAAGUGCAGAGCACCCCGAGUACACCCACGUCCUCCUUCACACCUCUGUAUCAGAGACAGACGUCCGCCCUGGUGUCUCCUCCUUCCAUCGUCACGCAUGCGAUGGCCACCAUCCCUCAGCAGCCGUCCUACAGAGCCCCGACGGACCGCAUCUUCUACCUGGCUCACACCUGUCAGCCUGCGUGUCUGAACCGUGUUCGACCAGCAAAAUCAGACCUGCACAGAGGAAAGAACCCCCUCCUCACGCCGCUGCUCUACGAUUUCAGACGCAUGACGGGACGACGCAAAGUCAACCGUAAAAUGUCCUUCCAUGUUAUCUACAAGGCUCCGUGUGGACUUUGUCUGCGUAACAUGGGGGAGAUCCAGAACUACCUCUUCCAGACCCGCUGUGACUUUAUAUUCUUAGAGAUGUUCUGUCUCGACCCGUAUGUCUUGGUGGACCGACCUUUCCAGCCACAAAGGCCCUUCUAUUACAUUCUAGACAUCACUAGUGGGAAGGAGGACAUCCCUCUGUCCUGCGUCAAUGAGAUUGAUACCACUCCACCACCUAAUGUAAAAUACAGCAAGGAGCGAAUCCCUGAAGACGGAGUAUUUAUUAACACCAGUUCAGACUUCCUGGUCGGCUGUGAAUGUACCGACGGCUGUAAAGACAAAUCCAAAUGUUCCUGCCACCAGCUGACCCUGCAGGCUUCAGGCUGCACACCUGGGGGACAGAUCAACCAGAGCGCUGGAUAUUCAUACAAACGAUUAGAGGAGUGCUUACCUACAGGGAUCUAUGAGUGCAACAAAAGGUGUAAAUGUUGUUCUCAGAUGUGCACCAACCGGCUGGUGCAGCACGGCCUGCAGGUCCGUCUGCAGCUCUUUAAGACACAGAACAAAGGCUGGGGCAUUCGCUGUCUGGAUGAUAUAGCUAAGGGAUCAUUUGUGUGCAUUUAUGCUGGUAAAAUCCUGACUGAUGAUUUCGCUGACAAAGAAGGUCUAGAGAUGGGUGACGAGUAUUUUGCUAACCUGGAUCACAUCGAGAGCGUGGAGAACUUCAAGGAAGGCUAUGAGAGCGAGGCGCACUGCUCCGACAGCGAGGGCAGCGGCGUGGACGUGUCCAGAAUGAAAAUCCAGCCGUCCGCUUUAGUCUCCAGCAGCGCUGCGAGGAAAAAAACUCAGAGCUCCAGCUCUUCAGAUGACAGCAAUGACGAAGAGGAGAAAGAUUCAAAGAGUGAAGAUGAAAGCGACAGCUCAGACGACACUUUUGUGAAGGACAACUACUACACCCCUAGCUCUGUGUGGAGGAGUUACACGACUCGUGGUCAGGCCAAGGGCAACAAAGAAGGGAGUCAGGACAGUAAAGAUGGACUGAGUGUCUCAGCCAAAGGUCAGGAUGAUGAGAAGCCGCCCUCUAUGCCAGAGGAGACGGGGAAAAGCAAAGUGGCUUCCUGGUUAACAAGCCAGGGUCUGAAGAAGGAAACUGGAGACAAGAGUCAAAUAAAGACAGAGCAAUCAAAGAAACAGGACGUCAUGACUCUAUCGGACAGCGACGAUGUUCAAACCAUUAGCUCCGGAUCUGAAGACAACAAAGAGAGGGAGAAAGCCACUCCGGCUUCUGUAUCUGGCGUGACCAAGAAGCAGGUGGCAGUGAAAUCCACGCGAGGCAUCGCCCUGAAGAACAGCCACAGUUUGAUGGUGAAACCGCCUGGGGGAGGAGUCGGGCCCAGCGCUCAGGGGAGCAAACCCGGCCACCAGGGGCAGCCUGGAGGAGGGGCAGAAAACGCUCCCAAAAACACCCGGCUGUUCUUUGACGGCGAAGAGUCCUGCUACAUCAUCGAUGCCAAGUUGGAGGGAAAUCUGGGACGUUACCUCAAUCACAGCUGCAGUCCUAACCUGUUCGUCCAGAACGUGUUUGUCGACACACACGACUUGAGAUUCCCCUGGGUGGCGUUCUUCGCCAGCAAGCGGAUUCGGGCCGGGACAGAACUGACCUGGGAUUAUAACUACGAGGUGGGAAGCGUUGAAGGCAAAGAGCUGCUGUGCUGCUGCGGAUCCACAGAGUGCCGUGGACGGCUGCUGUGAUCCACCCGGACUUACACCAACAUCCCCCUCAACGCUGAACCCCGUUUAUUUUAUGUUUUAUUAAGUUCUAGGAAUUUUAUAACAUCUCCUUCUUUUCGUGUGUUUAUUUUUUUUACCAGCAUGUGACUCUUAAUGUCGUCCAUUAAAUGUUUUCUUUACCUCCGAAUAAAAGUUUCUUCAGUGA